AUGGAAGCCACGAUCUUCGAGAAAAGAAGAAGCUCAACAUCAACCCUAGCGAUGCACAAACAGUCCUACUCAAUAACCAAAUCGAAGCCAAAGAUCCGUAUCAUUCACAUAUACGCUCCUGAGAUCAUCAAGACCGACGUUGCCAACUUCCGUGAGCUCGUCCAAAGCCUCACCGGCAAACCAGACGACGACCGUAGCGUUUCCAAAACAAAACCAAGAUCAAGGGAUAUUCAUCGUCAAGUCCAAGACAUGUUCAACACAGAUAAACUAAGAGAACUCGAGCAUUGCGAUCAAGGGUUCUCCUUAAACUCGCAAAUGGAGGAGAUCUCGAUGACUUGGAACGGUAACAGCGGCGUUGGUGAGAGCUCCGGAGGGUUCUUGAAUGGUUUGGGAGAUUUCGAAGGGUUUAUCCAAGAACUUGGUGAAUUUCCGUAUCUGCCCUUGUCCUCCAUUGACGCUUCUGCUUCUUCUAAUUCGUCGUCUUCCUCUCAUUUACAUGGUGGCUCAGUUUUCUCAGAUUCUCACCACCAUUUCGCGUAA